AGUUUGGGUCGCAAUGGUGAAUGAGAAUACGAUGGCUCUAAAUAUAAAUGCGUGCAUUGUAUGGGAAUACGUGCAUGUAUGGUUGAGAUUAAUGACGCUCUGUAAUCAGGCGGCAGCGCUGAUAUAAAAUUGUCUCAUAUUCUUGGACAUCCCACUUGCAUAUGUGUGUUACCUCCGGUAUAGGUCAUAAGGGUAAUAUCUUAAAGAUAAAAAUAGGCGGGUCAGUGGCCGAAAGAUUUAUCAAAACGGACGCACAAUCAUCGACGCACAGUUAAGCUAGGAAUCGGUGGCCCAUUUCGCGCUAUACAACACUCUGUCGUAAUCCAGCUAUGAUAGACGAGGUCGUCCAAGUGCGUGCUCUGAGCCGCAGGACCAGAGGCGAAAGAACGAAGCGCAGGGAGAGAUACCUAUCCUUGAAUGGAAUGCAGCUGAAUGGCAACAGCAACGAACCCUCGGCGAACAUCACCAAACAGGAGAACAACAAUAUCCUGAAAUGCGGACAUAAAUUGCAGGCAAAAUCGUUUACCUUCCGCCAAGUGCUAAUAAUGAGACCGGACGAAGUCCAGGAGACGGCUAAGAGGAACUCGCGGUCGGCCAACAAGAAGUACCGGCUGAGGAGAAGCGCGUCCAGUGACAGCUCGAGCUCAGGAGAAGGGCUGAGAACUCCCGACAAACUGGACGACUGCUCGGAGUUGGCGGAUAACACGUGGAACAGCGUCGAAGCCUUGAAUCUACUCCCCGAAGACAAGCCGUCCACUUCCAAGAGCGUAAUCACCAUCGAGAACACGAAGAUAGAGCUGCAAAGCGAUCACACCAUAAGCCGCACGAAAUCACUCGAAAACGUGAAAAAAAUGCCCGCCUACGGCGAUCUCAUCUUAGACUCAAGCACCACGUCACCGCAGAACAACGGCAAACUUAAAGACUCUAUGCUCAAGAUCUUGGUCAUCGGAGAUCUUGCUACCGGAAAGACAUCGUUUAUUAAGCGAUACGUCCAUGAUUUCUUCUCUCAAACAUACAGAGCGACGAUCGGCGUCGACUUUGCUCUGAAGAUUCUCCAUCUCGACGAUAAAAGUAUAGUUCGCGUCCAAUUAUGGGAUGUUGCAGGUCAAGAAAACAUUAUCAAUAUGACCAGGGUGUUCUACAACGGUGCCUUAGCAGCAUUUAUAGUGUUCGACGUGACUCGGACUUAUACCUUAGAGUCAGUAGCUAAGUGGAAAGCCGAUUUGGAUUCGAAAGUACAGUUGCCUGAUGGUUCACCGGUGCCGUGUAUAUUACUAGGGAAUAAGUGCGACCAACAGCGCGAAGGCAUAGUAAAUAAUCCAGCAAAAAUGGAUGAGUAUUGUAAAGAACAUGGCUUCACAGCCUGGUAUGAGAUCUCGGCGAAGGAAAACAUCAAUAUUCAGGAAGCCGCGAACGCGCUGAUCAGCAAAAUCCUUCAAAAUGAUGAGCUUCUGAACGAUCAGAGCUCCAAGGAUAAGGAGCAGUUUACGCUCACGUCGAAGGAUAAUUCGCAGAAAGGAAAAAAGUGCUACAAAUGCUAGGCGAAUCCUAUUAAUUAUUUUUUAAUUACAUUUUUAUCUUUUUUUUUUUAAUUUGUAUAUUUAUACUAAUAACUUUCUGUAAUCCAUAGACUGUAAACUGCAAUUAGACUCGUGUCAACUCAUAUAGAUCUUUUUAUUAAAUAUAUAUUCGAAAACAUAAAA